AUGACGGGCGUUUUCAGGUCAUACUACGGUUGGAACGGUGCCCGGAAACUCCGAAAUCGGGAUUGUUCUUUGUUUUGUCUUUAUCACCAUUGUGGUCUUGAAAUGGCUCUGUCAGCAAGUCCUUUAUUUGGGAGUCCCGAUACACGUGGGCAGCAGCGCAACUUGCUCGAGUUCCGAGCCGGUAAGAUGUUCAUGUCCACUGGGAACAUGGUCCACCCGGACAAACGGAAAGGCCUCGUUUAUAUGUACCAGUCUUCCGAUGGAUUGAUGCAUUUCUGCUGGAAGGAUCGUACAAGCGGUGCGGUUGAAGAUGAUCUCAUCAUCUUCCCGGAAGAUUGUGAGUAUAAGGCUGUACCUCAGUGUAAAACCGGCCGUGUGUUCGUUCUCAAGUUCACAUCAUCGUCACGGAAGCAAUUUUUCUGGAUGCAAGAACCUAAAACCGAUAAGGAUGAGGAAUUUUCCGCGAAGGUGAAUGAGUACUUGAAUACUCCACCGUCUGCUCGAGCCGCCCGCAGGAUUAGGCACAACGCGGAAGCGCCGAGCACGGCGGGAGGCGGAUCUUCAUCUUCCGCCGCGGCGGCUGCUGCUGCUGCAAUCGCUGGUAGUGGCGCCGGCUCUGGCCGUGAUCCCAUGAGCGAAGAGAACCUCCAGAGCAUGCUCAUGAACUUGAAUCAGGAUCAAUUGAUUGAGUUAUUCGGUGGAGUUGGUGGACUCGGACAGUUGUUGGGAGUGAACCGCGCGAGGACGAACGCAGCUCUGCAACAAGCGAUGAACAGUGCUCGGAGCGGGGGGUCGGCCGGUGGAACAAGGACGAGUGGUAGGACUGGCUCAACGGGAGCAUCUACCGCAGGUGAUACCGCCACUGGACCGGCUGCUGUAACUGCAAGUGCGGGAAGAGACACGAACAAUAAUCCUCCUGGCGGAGCUGCAGCUGGAGCCAGUAAGCCGCCGAUACAACUCACGGAUCUCCAGAAUAUUCUCAAAGGAAUCAAAACCCCUGGCGAAGAGGCUGCGAGUCCCAAGGUCGACCUCAGCGCUGCAUUGAAUUCGGAAAGUCUGAAGAGUAUUUUGGACAACCCCGAGUUCAUGGCUGCCCUCGCUGAACACGUACCAGAAAUGGAAGGUAAAGCAGCCACGGAAGAGGUAAAAGACACCGUCAGGAGUCCCCAAUUUCAACAAGCGGUUGAGUUAUUUUCGAGUGCUCUACAAUCCGGGCAAUUAGGCCCUGUGAUCCAACAAUUCGGUCUCGGGGCAGAGGCUGUGAAAGCUGCCAACAAAGGCGACUUGGAGGCCUUCUUGCGGGCAUUAGAUACCGCAGCGCCGAAGAAGUCUGACGAAGGUGCGAGUAAGAAACCAGACAAGAAGGACGACGCUGACGCCGACAUGGCAGAAUGAUCCAGUCCUGUGAAAUUGGUUUUUUUUUCGGUGUACAAUGGAUACUUUUUUGCUCUUGAGUCUGCUGAUUCGUCUUCUUGGUGUCUUAACCUUUUUUCUCGGUGUACGCCGUACGCGUAAAUGAGGAAUACAACGUCUUCAAACACAGAGUCUGCUUUCGUGAAUAAUACAAAUAUAUUUCCUUCGAUAA